CGGAAGGGUGGUUCUACGAACAGCAUUUCCCGACGUGCAUAGAAAUAGUGCGUCAUCAGUGUGCGUCGGUGAUUGUUUUGAACCGUUGGAAGAUUUGACGCAAGGAGGUUAAUAAUCCCUAAAAAUGUUUAUGCCAAGAGCCCUGAAAGUGAAGAGACCUGCCCAGGGAUCAGUACAAAUUUUGAAUAAGAAAAGCAAGAUACAACAGGAUGAGAGAAAAGAUGAAGGUAGUUCAGACACACCUGUUCAGAAGGAGGAAACGUGUGAAGAAACCAAAACACAGGAUGAGACAAUACAAGCAAGUGGAGAUUCUGCAGCUGUGACAGAGAGCUCAGUACGUGAUGAUGGACAUAAGUCUUCCUCCAGUGAUGAGGAGGAGGAAGAGGAGCCGGUCAAAUCGUUCAAAAAGAGUCAGAGGUGGCCGGAGCCUGGGGAACCUGUCUGUGUGAUGUGUGGUCGCUAUGGGGAGUACAUCUGUGACAGCACUGAUAAUGAUGUUUGCAGUCUUGAAUGCAAAGCCAAGCAUUUGGUACAAAUGGGAAUGGGGACUGGGGCAGAUGUAUUCAACCGUAUGGAUGUAAAUGGAGAUGAAAGGACUCCUCAACCUCAACAACCAGCAGCUGACACUGGUGGGGUGGGUGAAAGUGAAGCAGUGUAUUCCUACAGGGAAGACCGAUUCAUAUCAGGUCUUACAGAUGAACAGGUGCAGCGUAUUAAACAGGAGCUAGGCAUUGAAACCCAGGGGAGAGAUGUCAGAAGACCCAUCGUUGAGUUUGAACACUGUGGUUUCCCCGCCACACUGAGUGGGAACUUGAAGAAGGCCGGCUAUGAGGUGCCAACGCCAGUCCAGAUGCAGAUGGUGCCUGUUGGUCUCAGUGGGAGGGAUGUGAUUGCCAGCGCUGACACAGGCUCAGGGAAGACUGUGGCCUUCCUGCUGCCAGUUGUAGUGAGAGCACUUGAGAAACCAGCACACAGUGUGCACAGCCCUGUGGCUCUGAUCCUGACCCCCACGAGAGAGCUAGCCAUUCAGAUAGAGAGACAGGCGAAGGAACUGGUGAUGUGCCUCCCCAACAUGAGAACCGCCCUGCUUGUGGGUGGCAUGCCGCUUCCCCCACAGCUCCACCGCCUCAAGACUAGCAUCAAAAUUCUCAUAGCCACCCCUGGGAGACUCCUUGAGAUCUUGAGACAGAAAGCAGUGCAGCUUGACAAAGUGAAGAUUGUGGUGGUUGAUGAGGUGGACACUAUGCUGAAGAUGGGCUUCCAGCAGCAGGUGCUGGAGGUUCUAGAACAAGUCCCUGAAGAACACCAGACUCUGCUGGCAUCAGCCACAAUCCCAACGGGGACGGAGGAGCUGGCUGCUCGGCUGGUCCGUGACCCCAUCCGUAUUGCUAUCGGAGAGAAGAACCAACCCUGUGCCAAUGUCAGGCAGAUCCUGCUAUGGGUGGAAGAACCCUCCAAGAAGAAGAAGCUGUUUGAGAUUCUCAAUGACAGUAAGCUGUACCACCCUCCAGUGGUGGUGUUUGUAGACUGUAAACUUGGGGCUGAUCUGCUGUGUGAGGCGGUCACCAAGGUGACAGGCCUUAAUACAGUGGCAAUCCACUCUGACAAGAGCCAGUGGGAACGCAACCGCAUCCUCAGGGGUCUUCUAGAUGGAGAAUUUGAGGUAGUGAUCAGUACAGGAGUGUUGGGCAGAGGACUGGACUUAGUCAAUGUCAGAUUGGUGGUGAACUUUGACAUGCCAAACACAAUGGAUGAAUAUGUCCAUCAGGUGGGCAGAGCAGGUCGGCUGGGACACAGGGGCACAGCCAUUACUUUUCUCAACAACAACAACAAGCGGCUGUUCCUGGAGGUGGUAAACCGAGUCAAACCCACAGGGUCCAUCCUGCCCCCUCAGCUCCUGAACUCACCGCAUCUCCAUGAGCAGCAGAGGAGAGAAAAACAAAGGACCAAGCAAGGGUCUGAGGACACACUGGUAACCAAGAACAACCUCAUAGACAUUAUAAGGAAACACGACCGUCGCAAGAAGUAGAAAGUUUUUUUCUAUCAUUCCUGCAAUGAUACUGUCUAUUUAUUGAGGAAAUGCUAAAUGUUUUUGUAUACUCCCUAUUUAAAAAAUAAAAGUCAUGUUAAUGCA